AUGCCAUUAAUAAUCAUGUGCGGAAUCCCUUCUAGCGGGAAGACCACCUGCGCGAAAAAGGUAGAACGAUACUUCGUUGACAAAUUUGCGAGUCAGGAGAAGACCGGUUUGGUGCACCUGAUUAACGACGAGUCUUUAGGAAUCAAGAAGGAUAGUUAUAAGGCCUCUCUUGCACAACAAAUAGACACGCGCAUUGAAGAGAAAAAAACCAGAGCGUCGUUGAUAUCGGCUGUGGAGCGUUUGAUCUCAAAGGAUAGUUUGCUGAUCGCCGAUGGAAUGAAUUACAUCAAAGGAUUUCGAUACCAAUUAUAUUGUAUCGCGCGAGCCAUUGGCACUCCGCACUGUGUGGUAUAUUGCGGAACACCGGUGGAUGCUGCGAGAAAAUGGAAUUCCGGUCGUGGUGAAGAGGGAUAUGAAACGAGUUUGUUUGAUGAGCUCGUUAGCAGGUUCGAGGAACCGGAUGACCGAAAUCGAUGGGAUUCACCACUCUUCACGGUCAUAUAUGAUGAUGAGGCGUUGCCACUUGAGGGUAUAUGGGACGCUGUUAUCGUCAGAAAAGCGAAACCGCCCAACUUAUCAACUGUCGCGAAGCCCAUUAGCGAAACGAAUUAUCUCUAUGAACUCGAGAAGAUCACCCAGGAAAUCGUCAAUGCAGUGUUAGAAGCACAAAAACACGAUGUUGGGGCAGGUGCCGUAACCAUACCCAAC